AUGAACCCAAGAGCUCUGGAUAGUGUGGGUGUUUCACUGAAGAGAAAAGCAGAUAUCCAGAAAGGAAUCAGCAAAGAUGAUAGGAAUGAAAGGGCGGGCCGCGGCUGUCGGCUGGCUCCCCAGUGCAGUGAGGAGCGCAGGGAGGCGGCGCCGAGCCGGGUCUCAAGAUUCUGUCCUCCAAGACAAUCCUGUCAUGAUUGGAUAGGACCUCCAGAUAAAUAUUCAAACCUUCGACCUGUUCAUUUUUACAUCCCUGAAAAUGAAUCACCAAUGGAACAAAAGCUCAGACAACUGAGACAGGAAACACAAGAAUGGAAUCAGCAGUUCUGGGCUAACCAGAAUUUGACUUUUAAUAAGGAAAAAGAAGAAUUCAUUCACUCAAGACUGAAAGCUAAGGGAUUGGACCUGAGAAAUGAAACAGGUCAGAAAGCAACACUGAAUGCAGAAGAAAUGGCUGACUUUUACAAGGAAUUUUUAAGUAAAAAUUUUCAGAAGCAUAUGUAUUAUAACAGAGACUGGUACAAGCGUAAUUUUGCCAUCACCUUCCUCAUGGGGAAAGUGGCAUUGGAGAAGAUCUGGAACAAGCUGCAACGGAAGCAAAAGAAGCUAAGUGUUUAGGAGCCCACUCCACCAGACCCUCCAGCAUCUAGGUUCCAUUCAUGAGGGCCCUGAAAUCUGUAAGUGGCUGGGCAUGGUGACAAACACCUUUAAUCCCAGCACUCAGAAGGCUGAAAUAGGAGGAUCACUGUGAGUUCAAGGCUAGUCUGGGACUACAGAGUCAAUUCCAGGUCAGC